GCCAUACGGUGCGUUUAACUUGUCCGGAUGAGAUUCGUUUUAGGAUUCUGACUUCGGAGAAGGGAUUUUUGGGUUUGAAGAAGAAGCGAAGGUUUGAUGGAUUCUCCCACUCAGAACACAUCCUUGCAGCGACUUCAAAAUGUGGAAAAGAGAAUAGUUAGGGUUUUGGAGCUGGCGGGAGGUGUCAUGGAUGAACUCGCAAAUCCAACGGGUCCCAGGAAAGAAUUUAUCAACAAUCAUUGCCGUGAAUUCAUGAAGAUGAUCAAGGACAUCCAAGUGACAUUGAGGGAUGAAAUCAAGAGUGCUUGUGAGUACCGCCCGUUUGAGAAGUGCGAUUAUAGUUCGAGAAUAUCGAAUGAAAUCUGUUGCAAGAAACUCGAAUACGUGCUUUCUCAGUUGGAUGCGAUGAAACAGACCAUUGAUGAAUAUCAAGCUACAAUUUAAAGAUGCAAUGCAAGGAGUUAGAUUGACUGCUUACUAGCCAGACAAGAUAGACAAGGAGGUUUCUUUUCUUUAGUAUAAUCAAAGUUUACUUAGGAAUUGUCUUAGUGAACAGCAUGGCAAUUGGCAAAGCUGAAUAUUAUAUGUAAUAUAUGCCCUUUCAUUUGAACAAAGUUUACUAAUUUCAUCUCUUAUAUCCUUUGUUGA